AUCAUCAGAAUCAUUAUCCAUAAAUACUUUUCCUCAUCAGAUCCUGAUAGGAUGAUAAUAAAGUUGAUGUUUCUCGUCUCCCAAGCUGGGUUUAUAAUCUCCCAGCCUAGGAUUAUACCUGGAGAACUUGGAACCUUGGUUUUAACUCAGGAGAUAUAUCCAGAGGAUUAUCUCUAUGAGUAUGUUGAAAAUGAAUAUACGGAUCCUGAAAAUCUAUCUCAGGAAGAAUGUUUUGAAGAUAAUAAUCAAGAAGACAACUUUGAUGAAUACCAGGCUGAUGAUGAUGAACUCAAUGCUUUAGAAGAUGAAUCUAUCGCACCGGAAGACAUAUCUUUUCCUUCUACGGAUAAUGAUGAAAUGCACGAUCCAGAUCAUUUACUUCAACAUAUUAUAGAUCUUAUUUUUGAUGAACAGACAGAGACAGACGAAAACCUUCAAGACUUCUUUGAAUACAUGACAGAAGAAAACAAUGAACCUUCCGACGAUGCAAUCAAUUCAAUCAUAGAUUAUUUUCUUCCUCAUGACGAUAGCACAGAAGAGAUUGACGGCUCUGGAACUGAAAUAUCAGAUUUUGAAGGCUCUGGAAAUGAAUUUACAAGCUUCUUAACUGACAAUGUUCAAAGCAAUGAAACAGCCGAAAAUGGUGUUCAGGUUGAUGAAACAGAAACAAAUAUCAAGGAAACAGGAGAUGAUUGUGGAGAUAUGAACGCUGCUUGCAAGGGUACAGUUACAUUGCCUUUUCGAAGACGUAAAGGUCUUUACAGAGGACAAAGGAAAAGACGACUAAACAAGUACAAGAAACAAAUGAAGAAGUUACAAAAAGGGAUACCAAAAUUAAAGCAAAUGAAAAGUAGAAAGUACAAGAAAGGAAAGCAAAUGAAAAGAAGCAAUAAAUCUUUAUUUCAAAGAAAGAAUCUGAAAAAGAAAUAG